UUAAAUAUAUGUGAUUAAUUUUGUUAAUUUCCUGAAACGAAUUUAGUUUUAUAAUGCUAUCACGUGUAUUAAAACCAAUGGCAGCUAUUAACACUAGAACAUACAAAAAUUUUGGACACAAGAGGCAACCAGAAGCUUUAGUAACAGUAUUGUGGCAGGGUUUUCUUACAUUUACCUUUAUCGGAAUAGGAAUUGAAUGGAAAAGGAUUGCAAAGAUAUUUUUCGGUGAUGAGCAUGGGGUGGAACAAGGACCCUGGGAUGCGGAAAUUCCCGCCCCUACAAAGAACAGCCCUGAUCCUGUAAAAACAAAUCCUGGUUCUGUAGAGAAUAGUACCCAACAGGUAGGCCAGGAGCCCAAUGCGACUGAUAUGUCAGUUGAUCAAAAAUCAGAGAAGAAAGAGAAAUCCUUCAUUAGGCAAAAGUAACAUUAUAUUCUUUGCUAAUUUGCUUGUAUUAUAAACUGAAUGUUAUUAGAGUCUUUAUGUGUCACAAUAUUUUUUUUAAUAAAGGCUGUUUGUUGACAUAUAAACAAAGGAGCAAUGAAAUUAAUUAUUGAGCAACUGGAUCUUACUAAUUCUGUCGGUGUAAUCAGAUCUAAGCUAAUAGGUGCUAAUGAUACUUGAGUUUGAAGAAUGGUGCCAUCAUAACGAGUUUAUUCCAGUGUAGACAGUAAUUCAAUUUUAACAGCAGACGGACUUAAUUUUUAAUUUGAGUCGUCACAUUUCAUAUACCCCAUUAUGGUCAUGGUGGGUAUGUUGUAAUGAGAUAUUACAUAGCGUAAUGAACUGUAAUAAAUAAUUAUCACUAAUUACAGGUUUCUUACAAUACGGUAUAAUUUCAUUUUAUUUUCCUGAUGUAAGAAACCUGUAAUUACUGAUGUGAUAAUCUUUUAGUGAAUAACCAUGAAAGUUUUGAAAAUAAUCAAAUUUAUGUUAAUUGUGUAAGGCGCCGCGUAAACAUGUGUUUUGUGUUGGUUACAAUCAACCGGCAAUUAAAAGCGAACAUAAAUUACGACUACAAAUUGCGGUUGCAGCAACCGGCGAUGUGUCGAUUUCGUCUCAAUUAUAUAUAUAAUAUUCGCUUCUUAGGUAUACUUGCCGGUUGCUUGUAUCCCACACAAGACACGUUUACAACUCGCUAAUGAGUACUCGCCUUUACGUACAAACUAGAUAUGAGCCAAGAAAAAGGUCGCGCAUCUUUCAGAGUAUUUUGGCGCAUUCUCGAGAAUUCUCGCAUCCCUUGUCGUACCUAUCUAAUUUGUACGUAUGUAACGUAAUUGACAUAGAAUAUUAAACUAUGUACUAAAAAAUAGCUCCCAUUUCUUUCCGCGGUAAUGUAAGUUAAGCUACUCACACUCCCUAUUCAGUGUCUUAUUUAGGUAGA